AUGGUUAAUAAAGCAUCAAAUGACUCAAAGCUUCGAUAUAGUAAUGAAUGGAGAAAUAUCGAACCAUUAGCAAUCCAGGUAUCAGAAUUAAUUUCCAAAGCACCAUUGCCAGCCCAUAAUGGCUUAUAUUCUACAUCAUCAGUUAAUUCGAGAACAAAUAAUAAUUUAACAUCAUAUGACGAGGUUGAAAAAGGAUUCAGGGUCCAUGAGGAAGAUGAGGCAGUCGAAUUAAACGAAUCAUUAAAUGAAUUUAACAAUGAAAGAGGGGUUGGUGUUGGUUUUGACAAUAGUGAUGUUGGCGAGGCUCAAGAAGAAGAUGAUGACAAUAACAAGAAUAUGGAAUUUAAAUUCGAUUUGGAUUUGACUACAAUUAAUGUAAUGGACUAUAUCGAUGACUUUGAAAAGAAAUUAUUGGAAUAUUCAGAAAAAUAA